GCCAAUCUCCGCCGCUCAAUGAAACCGGCAGUCCGGUAUCCGUAAACACUGAUGCGAGCUAUCACCAGCAGCAGCUCCAGUUCCAGCAGCAGUCGGCAGCCAGCUUCAAUUCGCUCCAGGCAAUGAUACAGGGGCCAGUUGGAGCAGGUCUCGGGACUGACUGCGGCGGCAGGCUCACGUGCAGGACUCAGUGCCAGCUGAGACAGCCAAUGGGCGUCCCCUAUAUCAAAUGGCGUCACCGCAGCCAGCAAACGCACCGGUUUCGAGUCUGCCCGUGUCCCACCAAGCCAACACAGCAGACACCGAAAGAAGCGCGCAAGGUCUCGUCAGCCUGAGCCAAAGAUGGCGAUCGGAUACCGCCCAUUCAAGGGCAUCGGUGACCUGUCACACCCGGUCGAUGAGCUGCAGGUGCCAGCGAUUCUGAAGGAAUACGUGAAGCCGUUGCCAGACAACGCAUCUGCUUUGACGAUUUACAAGAUCAUGCGCGAGACGUUCAAGGCGCCACGGAUGGGUCUGGUGUCGAUGAACCUGGAGGUGCUGUGGUAUAUGCUGCACAAGAACGUGCUGCCGCGCAUUGUCUUUUACGGUCACAUAUCGAGCAAUAUCCGGUGCAGCUCAGCCAACCUGGACAUUCGGGCGAUGCUCCCGCCCAAUAUCGAUGAGCUGUGCUACGACCUAGCGCUGAAGGAGGUGCCCAAGAUCAAGGGCUGCUCGGAAAUCUGGGGCGCCAUUGGCCUGUGCAUGGUGACACGCUACGAGUUCCAGUCGUCGCGGUACAACGAGAUGGACGAGCAUGUCAACAUUGCAAUGGAAAUAAUGUACCGAGUCAAGUACAAGGGCCAUGCGUAUCCGUGGACCGACGUGCCGGAGGACGAGAAGGAGAAGCUUCGGAUACCAGUACCUGUUGGCCAUCUUUUGGAAGUGCGUGCUAUGGAAGGUGGUGGCAACGCAUCUGACCGACCACCCAAUCCACUUCAAAUACGGCGUGGACAGGCUACCUGACUACGCAUCCAAGACAUACGACCUGUAUACAACCAAGGUGGCGUAUGACGUCGACCUGAUAGGAGAUGAUUCCGGCCAACUCGUGGUACGGGGCCGACCCCGACAACCCUCCCACGCUUCGGUUC